AUGUCCGAAAAGUUUCACAACAGCAGUGAGCGUCGAGCCUCAGACAGCACGGCUGAUUCCGAAACAUGCGUCAUCAAAGUAGAACGCGAGGGCGGUGUGGCUGCGUGGCUGACCGUGGUCGGUUCUAUCCUGGUCUACUAUUGCUCCAUGGGGGUUCUGAAUAGCUUUGGCUUCUUCAACAACUACUACAGCAGUCAAUUCCUCCAGAACACACCAACAUCGACGAUUGCUUUCAUUGGUACGCUACAGAUAGCAUUGAUGAACUCGUUGGCCGCGGUGUCAGGAGCAUUAUGUGACUUAUAUGGCGUAAGAUGGCUUUAUAUUGGCGCGGGUAGCGGCACCACUGCCGGUCUGCUCAUUCUGUCUUUCGCGCAACACGGUCGCUUUUGGCAGGUGUUUCUGAUUCAAGGUCUGCUCGUUGGCUUCGCAGCUGCCUUUGGAGCUCAGCCCGCACUUACCGUGGUCGGGCAGCACUUCAAACAACGGCGAGCGGUAGCUAUGGGUCUCGUCGCUGCCGGCUCGGCUUUGGGUGGUAUCGGCUUUCCGCUCAUGUUCGAGCGUCUCGAACCUGUUCUUGGUUUCCAGUGGAUGCUGCGCAUAGCAGCGCUCAAGGUCGCUAUUCUCUACUCCAUUGCGCUUGCAAUCUCGACUAGCAGACCUGCUGGUAAGGACCAACCUAGGAACUGCGGAGCACUUAUCGACUUCCGGGGCUUCCUUGAUCUACGCUACGCCGUACUCUGCAUUGGUGGCUUCUUCGCCCAGCUAGGGCAAUGGAUCCCAUCGUACUACAUCAAGAUGUAUACGAAUGCCGCGUACAGCAACCCGAGCAUUAGCGAGUACUUUCUGCCUAUGAUGAACAGUUGCAGCAUCUUGGGCGCAGUCCUUGGAGGGCUUCUCGGUGACCGCAUGGGCCGUCUCAACCUUCUAUGGCCCAUGGUCAUGUUCACAGGCUGCAUAUGCAUCUUUGUGUGGCUGCUCAUCAACUCACUCGCUGUCACUGUCCUCUUCGCUUGUCUCUACGGCUUCGGCACCGGAAACUUUACUGCGCUAUUGCCAUCCGUCGUCGGCCAGAUCACCCCGGAUGAGAACCUGGGUGCACGCGUCGGCGCUUUCUACAGUGUGAUCGCUAUUGCCAGUCUGGUGGGAACGCCGAUUGGCAGUGCACUGAUCACCAACGAGAAAAGCAGAGACGGAUACUGGUGGUUGAUCAUCUUUUCAGGCACUGCAAUCACCAUUGGAUCGCUGUUCAUGCUUGGCAGCCGCCUGCUUCACGACAGGAGCCUUCGCAAGAAGUGGUGA